CCUCUGAACUAUUGAAAUAUUAACUUAAUGUCAUGAAUGAUGAAUAAAAAUGCAGUGGUUUUAAUGCUUAUUUAAAUGAAUAAUUAUUCUAAUCAAAUCAGAAAAAAAAGAGUCUUGAAUAAUAAGAAAAAAUAAUUUAAUAAUGGAAUAAAUUAUCUUCAGAUGAAAAGAAAGAAUUUUAAGAUAAGGAAGAAGAAAUUAGAGAACAUAUUUAAAAAGAAAAAAAGGAAAAAUCAGAAAAAUCAAAAAAAUCACAUAAGAAUCAUCAUAAUAAAAAUAAGGAUCAAGAUGAAGAAAUGGAAAAUAUUUAAAAAAGUGUUUAGAAAAUGAAAAUUAACGAAGAAAAACAUCAUUAAAAAAAAAAAUAACAUGAUGAAAAAGAAGAUUUACAUGAAGAAAAGGAAAAAUGUUCAGAUGAUGAAAAGGAAGAUGAUCAUAAAAAAUAAAGUGGAAAUCAUUCUAAAAAAGCAAAAUAAAAAUCGAAUGAAGAUGAUGAAGAAUGUGAUGAAGAAAAUUAAGAUAAAGUUAAUGAAGAUGGUGAACAUAAAACAAAUAAAAAAUAUAAAACUAGAUCAAGCAGAUCAGGAUGUAGAUCUGGAUAAAAAUCAGGAUAAAGAUCAGGAUGUGGAAAAAGAAAAAUGUGA